AUGUCUAUCCUCCGCUCCCCAGCCCUAACCAGCCUCCUCGGCCUCGCCAACCUGUCCGCCCUCGGGGCUGCAACGCUCUACCUCAGGUCCCUACACGCCAAGGAGCUCGAGGAGCACGCGGAAAACGAGGCGCGCAUGGACGGGCUCGAGGGGACGCUGCGCGGCCACAUCGGGCUGAUCGAGGACUCGCUGGAGCGCCUCGAGGGCCAGAAGAUGAAAGGGAUGAGCGAGAGAGCACAGAAGCUCUACAUGGCGCGCGGGAGGGAGGACGCCGGCGAGGGAGGGCCAUGA